CCUCCAAUUCCAGUCUCGUGGAUCAUAAUCAGAUAGCCGACAAUACUGUGUGGAGCCUCAUGUCUGCAUGUUCAGAUAUUGAUGUUUCCUAGAAGUUUUCUACGUAUAUUUGGGUGUUAUCAUCCGGAAUUGAGCAACCAAUAGCCCAAAGCAAAUUAUUGUCAAAUAAUGGAGCAACCAGAACCCCAGGUUCCUCAAGUAGUCUUCUUGCCCUGCCCUUUCCAGGGCCACAUCAAGCCCAUGUUCAGGCUAGCAGAACUUCUCAGUCAUGCCAAUUUCCGAGUCACCUUCCUAAACACUCAACGCAACCACGACCUUCUCCUUCUUUCCUUGGACAUUCCAGCAUUCCGUCGCCAGUGUCCUAAUUUUCAGCUCUUGUCCUACCCUGAUAAUGUCCCACUCGGUCUUGAUCAACACAGACUGUCCGAACAAGGUUUUGUUGACUGUUUGCUCUCUAUAAAAGCUGCGGCGAAGCCAGCUUUGAGUGAGUUGUUGGAGCCAAAAACAGGGCGGCGGCCUCCCACGUGCAUCAUAGCAGAUUGGCUAAUCAUGUGUUCUUCCGCCCUGGAUGUUACCAAGGAGUUUGGGAAUAUUCCUGUCUUCGCCUAUCAAGUAGGGUGUGCUCACUACAUGUGGAUGGACUUUCAUCUCUUGAAGCUCAUCGAAGAAGGGGAAGUUCCAUUACGAGAUAAAGAUAUGGACAAGCCGGUCACUUCCAUUCCAGGAUUGGGAAUGUCUGUUCGACGCCGGGAUCUAUCAGGUUUUUGCAGGCUUGACGCAGCUUGCAAACAAGUCAUAGAAAUCAGUACUAAUUAUGGAUCCUCAGCUGUGUCUCAGGCAUAUGGUCUGAUACUUAACACCUUUGACAAACUCGAAGCCCCAGUAAUCUCUAAACUUAGCUCCUUUUUGCCUUUUAAAAUUUACACCACUGGUCCUUUGCAUGGUCUGCUUAAUAACUAUUGUAUUAAGAAUUCAAAUCCUUUACAUUCAAUCAAUGUUACCAUCUGCAAAGAAGACACAAGCUGCAUUACAUGGCUGGAUGCUCAACCAUCGGGAUCAGUCAUUUUUGUUAGCUUUGGGAGUUUGGCAAGUUUAUCUCGCAGCCAAAUCCUUGAGAUUGGGCAGGGUUUACUCAAUAGCUGCAGGCCUUUCUUGUGGGUCAUUCGACCCAACCCCAUUGUUGGACAACAAGAAGAUGAUUCAAGUCCAGGACAAAUCCUAAUGGAGCUUGAAAACAUGUCGCCGGAGAAAGGGUUGAUAGUGAGUUGGGUGCCUCAAGAAAUGGUCUUAGCCCAUCCGGCCGUCGGAGGGUUCUUGACCCAUAGCGGAUGGAAUUCAACCCUGGAGAGCAUAUACGCGAGGGUGCCCAUGAUUUGUUGGCCCACGGGUGCUGACCAGCAAGUCAACAGCAGAUGUGUGAGUGCAUUAUGGAGGAUUGGUUUUGAUAUGAAAGAUACAUGUGACAGAUCAACGGUUGAGAAACUGGUGAAUGAUCUAAUGGAAGAUAAGCGAGAUAGUAUAAUGAAGUCAAUGGAUCCGAUUGCAAGACGGGCAGAAGAGAGUGUCCAGGAAGGUGGAUCUUCGUAUUGCAACCUGCAGCGGUUGAUUACUGAUAUACGGUCACUCAUUCCUACGUAAUGUUGCUAGCAAAAGAUUACCAAGCAGCCUUAAAAUAGUGUAAGAUGGAUCUUCGUAAUGUUGGCAAAGGGAUACUUUUGCUGUGUGGUUUUCUUGUAAAGCCUGGAUUUAAAUUGAUAUGGGUCUAUUAACAACUUAAAAUCUGGUGCUGUUAUUGUACUCUUACAGGAAUUUGAUUUAAAUCUCUGUUGUGUUGAAAUGAAAUGUCUAUUUUUCAAAAAAAAAA